GCACAAAGAAGAAGAAGAAGAAUGCUAGGCUAGCUACUUUUGUGUAGUCUUGUAAAUAUGAGAUUAAAUGUAUUUGUCGGCAUAUGUAGGCACCAGAAUAUUUUCGGACAGAGCGGCAGCGCUGUUUAUGAAAUGUAAAAGAGACACCUGCGAGGAAAAUGAAUCCAGUGGCUGCAUUUUCUUUUAGCGUAUAGCUUACUGAAACAGGCUAAAAAUAUAGCUAGCUAGCCACAUAUAGCAAGCUAGCAACCUCACCGUCGGAAUAACGUUCACAAAUUUUCACCACAGGACGAGUCCGUAGGCGACUGUUUGCACUGUUAAGAGACAAAGCUCCGUCUGUCCACCAUGGCUUCGUCAGAGGUCACCAUGCAGGAAAUGAGUGAGGUUGUGAUCGUCACCAUACCAGAGUCAGUGAGUGAGGACCUGCCCUCUGUGGUGGAGGAGGACAAAGCGGUGCUGGUGACCGCAGAGCUCACCUCUCAACCAGGGGAGGAUGUCCUCACAGUAGCACCAGUGGAAGCAGAAGCUGAAGCCAGCAGAGCAGAUUCACUGUCAAAGGAAGAGGCAGUCAUCGUAAAGUUAACAGAGGAGGUGGACGUGGAAGCAGACGUCUUCUACCCCAUCACCUGUGGAGAUGCCAAAGCCACUCUGGUUUGGAAGAAGUUCGUCUGCCCUGGGAUCAAUGUGAAGUGCGUCCAGUUCAACGAGCAGCUCAUCAGUCCAAAGGAGUUUGUGUGUUUAGCAGGAAAGUCCACCCUGAAGGACUGGAAGAGAGCCAUCCGCCUCAACGGCACCAUGCUCAGGAAGAUCAUGGACUCGGGUGAACUGGACUUCUACCAGCACGCAAAGGUCUGUUCCAACACCUGCCGCAGCACCAAGAUAGACCUGGUGGGAACCAAAGUGUCCAUCUGCAGCGAUCAGUCGGCCGAUCUGGUUCCUGCCACCCCUUCAUCAGCUGAUUUGAACGGAGCAGCGACCUUGUUUCCGGAGGUGACGGAGGAGGCUUCGGAGUGGGUCACGGCCAUCGGAGAGGACUCGGUGGCGUUCUGGCAAUCGGUGAAGGAGGCGGGGCUAAUGGAAGAAGUCGUGAAGGACUUCCAGAAGGAGCUGCAGGAGGUGCUGAAGGGGCUGCAGGAGAGAGUGAGUGAUCCACCGCUGCAGGUCCAAGAUGCUGUUUUGCUCAACAACAUCGUGCAGAACUUUGGAAUGCUGGACCUGGUGAAGAAGGUUCUGGCCAGUCACAAGUGCCAGAUGGACCGCUACAGAGAGCAGUACACUCGCAGCCUUGCCACUCUGGAGCAGCAGUGUGACGAGCACAGGAAGCGAGCCAAGGAGCUGAAGAGCAAAUCGCAGCACCUCAACAACGUCCUGAUGACCCUGACCCCGGUCCCUGCCCCCACCGCACCCAAGCGUCCCCGGCUCACCCGCGCCGUCUCCGGCCCCGCCACGGUCAACGCCGCGCCCACGCAGAUCACGCUGCCUCUCAACCAGCUGACCAGCUUGCCGCUGAGCAAGGUGCUGACUGUGGCUGGAGCCCAAGCAGGCACCAACCUGGGCGGCUACACCCUCCUGACCUCCCCGGUCUGUGGGUCGGAGCUGACAGCGGACGCCUCCAACCUGACCGUGCUGUCCACGGCAGCGGGUCAGGACAGCGCAGUGGGGGCCGGCGGCUCGGCGGCCUCCACGGCCUUCGUGAAGGUGGUCGGCCCUCAGUUCCAGCUGGUGACGCUGCCGGCCACGCUGCAGACGCUGGCACAGGGCACCGCCGUCCAGCAGCAGGUCAGCAGCAUCAGCGUGGUGGAGGCCACGCAAGCGGAUUCACAGGAGAGAAGCCAGACUGACGGCGAGGACGAAGGUCAGGGAGAGCAGAUGAAAGAGGACGACGGGGAGCAGCAGGCCGAGCAGCAGUGAGACUGAGGACAGCUGCUCCGUCCCCCAGCUGCCCCUCUUGAUUGGCUUCACGUUAGACUGGGCUGAAUGUGCACUUCCUGUGAUGGCUGAGGGUCUGUGCACACUUACAGCUUCAUGCACUGUGUUUAUUUGUUUUUUUAUGGACAGUUGAGCCUUCCACGUAGAUGUCGGUCAAUUCAGAAGGCGUCAGAAACGUAGUGAUUGUACAGGAAACAUGUUUUUGUAACUGAUAUGUUCAUUACAGCUGAUUUGGUCUCUGGAGCUGUGAGCAGCAAAGGAGCCGGAGUUUGGUUCCUCAGUUUUGAAAGAACAAGAUGCGCAUUAUUACAAAUUGUAAAUAUGAAUGUCUGUGUAGUUGAUGUGAAUGUGGAGAUAAACGGAGACCAGGA